UAAUAGAAAAUCAAGUUUCGGUUUCACUAUUCACUGUUUUCACAUCGAAUGGUUUUCAAAUUUUUUUCAAUUCCAAGUUUUUACUUUUAUUAAUUUGUAUUGGUUUUAUCAAUCUUUCAAAUCCGAUUUACUAGUUCUCAUCAUUUCAAGUUUUAAAUCAUGAAUUAUUUUUCUUGAGCUCCAAUUUAGGAGUGCGUGAUGUACCAUGUUUAAAGAACAUCGAAAAACCGCAACUGAGAUCAUUUUAUAGCCAGGAUGAAAAGGAGAUCUUCGCGAAAUGCCGCGUUGGCUUCUGAUGCAGUGGAGAUCAAGCAUGAAAAAGACAAACAUGAAGAAAUCGGCAUACACGAUGAUACACAUUUUUUCCCAGAAUUUGAGUUGCCUGCUGAAAGACCAAAAUUCAUUUGUUCGGUUUGUCAAAAGAGCUUCUCAGAUAAAAAUUGUUUAAAAAAACAUAUUAAAAAAAUUCACCAGUUGGAACCGGAACCGUUUCUUCAAAAUAAUAAACAGGAUAAGAAUCGAGUCGCACCGUUCAAAUGUCGCGUUUGUGAGACAGAAUUUGCGUACAAAAGAAACUUGAAACGGCAUCUGAUUAAGUAUCACUCCCAGGGGUUGGAAGACGAGGAAGGAGGCAAUUGUUUUUGUAUCGUUGAAAGUUGUAAAUUUCGAUCAUUUUUCAUAAAUGCUUUGAGGACACAUCUUACUGAGGAGCACCAAGUGCAAAUUGAUAUCGAAAAUAAAACCUUCAAUUCGAAAGCAGAAUUCGACGCGUGGAAGGAAGAAGAAGAGAAAACAAACGUUUGCCUGUUCAUUAAAGAGGCCGGAAAACAUACGCUAAUAAACGGAGAUCAACGUUUAAUUUAUCAGUGUCAUCGUUCCGGACAUUAUUCUGGUCAUGGUAACGGCAAACGCAGUUUUCGUAUCAAAGGAACCUGUAAAUUGGGUAAAAGAUGCACGGCUGGUAUAGAUCUGACUGUUAAAAAACUCGACGACGUACACGAAGUAGUUUAUUAUAAAACUCACAUUUGGCAUACGCCGGAUGUGGUGCACGUGAACUUAUCAGCCAGUGAAAGAACAUUUCUGGCCAACAAACUCAGAGAAGGGGCUUCGAUAGCUUCCAUUUUAGAAUCUGUGAAAGCCGAUAAAUCAGUAGAAGGAACGAAUUUUUGUAAAAGAAUUCAUUUGUUAAAACGAAAAGAUCUCGUCAACAUUGAAAAUACGUUUCGUUUGAACAAUACCGAGAGGCAUAUAAAAAAACAGCAUAAAAAAGGUCAAAAAAUUGAUCGAGAGAAAAUUAAAAAGAAUAUCGACACUUACGGUGAAAUUACGAGCUGGGUACUCGAAUCGCCUUCUAAUUCUUGCGAAUAUUUCACUGUAAAACAAUUACAAACGGAAAAAUGUUCGGAAAAUUGCGGUGCUGUGUGUUCGGCUUGCAGUAUUUGUCUGCAUAUGUUUUCAUGCACGUGUCACGAUUACCUUUUAUACGGUACUAUGUGUCAACAUAUUCACUCCGUGUCUUUAUCGUUGCAUCCUGUUCAGAAAAAUAAAAGAGCAUCGAAAACUAUCAGCAACGGUAGUCCUUCGGUGAAAAGAAAACGCAAAGAGAAAACUGAAAUAUCAAAGGAGCAGGAGCCGGAGCCGGAGCCGGAGCCGACUGACACUGAACAUAAAGAAAGCGAUAUUAUUAAUUUUUUGACGAAAAAUUUAGAACUUCAACGAGAGCAAGAAGCUCAACAAGAACGUUUAAAAUUAAAAGAGAAAAUCGACGUUUUUAAUAACUUCUGGGUAACGAAAAUUGAUCAUCUGUCUGACGCCGCGGUUCAACAGUUGCUUAAAAUUAUGGAUUCAGCUUUCGAGGUACUGAGUGAAACUAUGAAUUCGGACCAGUCCCAGGUACCCUCUACGCCUCUACCUACCAACACAAGUUCGCCGGUAAUCGAGAAUAUGGUGCAUCAGCAACCCAACACGUUAACGAUCAUGUCAAGCCAUAUGAUAGCGCCCAAUAUUCAGCACAAUGGUAUACCUCUCGAUCAUCAGAAUAUCGCUAAAUGCAUGCCGUCAACUAUGAGCAAUCUUCCAGUCAACAUUCCAGAGCGAUUAUCGACGACGCAGUACUAUCCAAAUAUCAAAAAGAAACGAAAAAUCGAAGAAGCUGGCUUUUACCGACCUCCCGUCAUGGAUAAAAGAACAAUGUUUGAAAAUAUGUCUACUGAACACGCAUUACCAGCGGAUAACUAUGCCAACUUUGACUGCAAUCUAUCCUGGCAAACGCCACAAAUUUCUGCAGGGACUGGUCCUAAUACAAAAUGGUGGACGUAGCAAAUGCAGUAUUGAUUUUCUGCUGUGUAUUUGUAUGUGUCUGGUGCACAAUACUAUCGAAGUAGAUUCCUACUGACUAUUUGUGUUAUUGAAGAACAGUAUUAUUUAUGCGUCAUUUUUGUCCGUUUUUAUCUUAUCACUUUGAUGAUGUGUACUUCAGUACGAUUUUUGCGCUGUGUAAAUUUGUGUGUUUCCAUUAAAACGGAUUUUACGAAAUAACGAAAACAA